AGUGCUCUUUGGCGCUGAUUGCCGGCGUGACUUUGACCGCUUCCAAUAGUAGUGCCGGUUGCUGGACAGGGCCGGAGUCGCGGGACCUUCUGGCCUGUGCUGCGUUCGCCAUGAGGUUGCUGGGAGCUGCCGCCGCCGCGGCUGUGGGCCGCGGGCCGCUCCCGCGGGUCCCCGCAGCCCUGGGCUGGCAGGGGAAGCAGGCUAAUUGGAAGAUCUGCCGAUGGUGUUCCUCAGGGAUGAUUCCUAAUGAAAAGAUACGAAAUAUCGGGAUCUCAGCUCACAUUGAUUCUGGGAAAACUACAUUAACAGAACGAGUGCUUUACUACACUGGCAGAAUCGCAAAAAUGCAUGAGGUGAAAGGUAAAGAUGGAGUUGGUGCUGUCAUGGAUUCCAUGGAACUAGAGAGACAAAGAGGAAUCACUAUUCAGUCAGCGGCCACCUACACCAUGUGGAAAGAUGUCAACAUCAACAUCAUAGAUACUCCUGGGCACGUGGACUUCACAAUAGAAGUGGAGAGAGCCCUGAGAGUGCUGGACGGUGCGGUCCUGGUUGUCUGUGCGGUCGGAGGGGUGCAGUGCCAGACCAUGACUGUUAACCGGCAGAUGAAGCGCUACAGUGUCCCGUUUCUAACUUUCAUUAACAAGCUCGACCGAAUGGGCUCCAACCCAGCCAGGGCCCUGCAGCAAAUGAGGUCUAAGCUAAGUCAUAAUGCAGCGUUUGUGCAAUUGCCCAUUGGUUUAGAGAGUGAUUUUAAAGGCAUUAUAGAUCUUAUUGAGGAACGAGCCAUCUAUUUUGAUGGAGACUUUGGUCAGAUUGUUCGAUACGGGGAAAUUCCAGCAGAAUUCAGGGCGGCAGCCACAGACCAACGGCAGGAGCUGAUUGAAUGUGUUGCUAAUUCAGAUGAGCAACUUGGAGAGAUGUUUCUGGAAGAAAAAACUCCCUCAAUCUCAGAUUUAAAGCUUGCCAUUCGAAGAGUCACAAUAAACAGGUCAUUUACCCCUGUCUUUCUGGGAAGUGCCUUGAAAAACAAAGGAGUUCAGCCUCUGUUAGACGCUGUUUUAGAAUACCUCCCGAAUCCAUCUGAAGUCCAGAAUUACGCCAUUCUCAAUCAGGAUGGCUCUGAAGAGAAAACCAAAAUCUUAAUGAACCCCCAAAGAGACAGUUCCCAUCCGUUUGUUGGCCUGGCUUUUAAACUGGAGGCAGGUCGAUUUGGACAGUUAACUUACGUUCGCAAUUAUCAAGGAGAGUUGAAGAAAGGUGAUAACAUCUAUAAUACAAGGACGAGAAAGAAAGUGCGGGUGCAGCGACUGGUUCGCAUGCAUGCCGACAUGAUGGAGGAUGUUGAGGAAGUGUUUGCUGGAGACAUCUGUGCAUUGUUCGGCAUUGACUGUGCCAGUGGAGACACAUUCACAGACAAAGAUAAUAGCAGCCUUUCUAUGGAGUCAAUUCAUGUCCCCGAUCCUGUCAUUUCAAUAGCAAUGAAGCCAUCUAACAAGAAUGAUCUGGAAAAAUUUUCAAAAGGUAUUGGCAGGUUUACAAGAGAAGAUCCCACAUUUAAAGUCCACUUUGACCCUGAGAGCAAGGAGACAAUCGUAUCUGGAAUGGGAGAGUUACACCUGGAGAUCUAUGCUCAGCGAAUGGAAAGAGAAUAUGGCUGUCCUUGUAUCACAGGAAAGCCAAAAGUUGCUUUCAGAGAGACCAUUACAGCCCCUGUUCCGUUUGAAUUUACACAUAAAAAACAAUCAGGUGGGGCGGGCCAGUAUGGAAAAGUGAUAGGUGUACUGGAGCCUCUGGACCCAGAGAACUACACGAAGUUGGAGUUUUCAGAUGAAACAUUUGGGUCAAAUGUACCAAAGCAGUUUGUGCCUGCUGUGGAAAAGGGGUUUUUGGAUGCCUGCGAGAAGGGCCCUUUGUCUGGUCACAAGCUCUCUGGGCUCCGGUUUGUUCUGCAAGAUGGAGCACAUCACAUGGUGGAUUCCAAUGAAAUCUCUUUCAUCCGAGCAGGAGAAGGUGCUCUUAAACAAGCCCUGGCAAAUACAGCAUUAUGUAUUCUUGAGCCUAUUAUGUCGGUGGAAGUUAUAGCCCCAAAUGAAUUUCAGGGACCAGUGAUUGCAGGAAUUAACCGACGCCAUGGGGUAAUCACAGGACAAGAUGGAAUUGAGGACUAUUUUACACUGUAUGCAGAUGUCCCUCUGAAUAAUAUGUUUGGUUAUUCUACUGAACUUAGGUCAUGCACAGAGGGGAAGGGAGAAUAUACAAUGGAGUAUUGCAGAUAUCAGCCAUGUUCACCAGCUACACAAGAAGAACUCAUUAAUAAGUAUUUGGAAGCUACAGGUCAACUUCCUGUGAAAAAAGGAAAAGCCAAGAACUAAUUUUUCUCACUUUGUUGACGAACUUUAACUGUAUCUGCAACUUUGGAUAUUUUAAUGGAUUCCAGUGGAAUAAAUUCAGGCGGAAAACAAGUAACUUUAGAAGCCCUUCCUAUAUAUUCAGGAGUUUCUAUUAUGUAAAGGUUGAUUCUAUGUAUAUCUCAACUGUUGAUUGGUUUUAUACCUCAAAUAAAAUAUGGUUAUUAUUGAAAUAUAUUUAAUAUUUGAGAGAGGAGACUUAUUUCUGUUCUACUUAUAAGCUUAGAACAUGUAUAAACGUGCAGAUUUUUCAGCAUGAGAAUUUUCAGGAUACAGAAAAGCUGAAAGCACAGUAGAAAGAACAGCCACAUACCACCCGUCUAGACUGAAUAGUGAAGUUUGUUAAGAGUGUUUAUCAGAUAAUCUGUCAUAUCUGCUUUCUGUUUGUUGUCCAUCUGUGUCACAUACUUCCAUUCUUUUAAAAAAUAGUUUUGCCGAAUACUUGAAAGUGAAUUGUAUAGAUCAUGAUCCUUAUUGGAGUGUCACUUUUUUUUUUAAGAGUGGGGUUCCUUUGUGACAACCUGGAUGACCCUAGAGGUUAUUAUUGCUAAGUGAAAUAAGUUAAAGACAGAUACUGUAUGAUUUUACUUAUAUGUAGAUCUACAAAUUAAAAUAAACGUGACAAAACUAAGUCUCAUAGACACAGCGAACAGAAAAGUAGGUGGUUUUUUUUAAACAAAAAAGAAUUCUAUAUAAUCUUAAUGAAGAACAUUUUUCAGAUUCUUCAUUGGGUUAUUAAAAUGCUAACUAAAUUUCUAGCUGUUUUAUAUAGAGCUUCAGCUUGUGGCUUAUACACAUUUGUAACUGCUGCUUUUCAGGGGCAUAAAUGUUACUUUUUUGCAGACCUGUGAGGUAAAAAACAGACCCUUUCAUAUGCUUGUCUGUGUUCAUUUUAAUGUGUCUGCAGUUUGGAAAUAAUAAAAUACAACUUACAGGGUU